CCACAUCCCUAGCAUCCGCACCCUGUUCUCAGGUCAGCCAUGGAGGACCUCCCCUCCGGCGCGAAUGCUGCGGCUGCGGCCGCCUCACUACAGGCUGCCAUCGAACACCUCGAGCAGGCCGAAGCCAUGAGCCGGCAUGAGGACUCCCUCUCCCCGAAGUCGGUCAACUAUCACCGGCCGUCGGACGGCUAUCAGAUCGUCGCCCCGCCGCCCCUAAUCACCGAGGCUCCCUAUGACUUCAGCCUUUCGCAUUUCACAUACCGAUCGAUCAUUCGUGUGCUUACUGAGGUCCCGGUGGCUCUGCUGACCAUGCUCAGCACAGCCAUCUCCUCGACCAAGUACCUGCUGUACCUGUUGGUUAAUGUGUCCUACACCGCGAUCAUCACUUGUAUUACCUUUACCUGGCAUCUAUUCGCCAUCAUCGGUGUCGCGUUUUGGCGCUUCAUCCAGUCUCUCCGCUCAUUCUCUCGGACCGCGUACCAUUUCUCCCGGUCGCCGAUGGGUGUCAUCUCGGUCAUCCUUGUCCUGAUGGUCGCCCUGUCCGCCAAUUCCGGGCACCAUAUUCCCUCUGGGGCCGGCGGCGUUGCUGCCCUCUUCAGCGGUCCAGUGGGCAUGGCCCUGACCGAGCCCCUUGUCGUGGUUCGGGACUCGGUGCAGACGGCCCUGGCUCAAGCGGCCGAUCGCAUCCCGAUGGGCCAGUCCAUUGCCGCGGUGAAAGUUCUCUCGGAGCAGGCACAGGCGUCCAUUGGUCAGGUGUAUACAGGUGUGACGGCCCUCCCGCAGUCCUUCCUGGCCUGGUUGCGGCAGCUGGUCGACUCGUCGGUGGCUCUGUUGCCGGCCGCAUCGUCGCUGCCCUCGGUUUCCCUGCCCUCCUUGUCCCUCCCGGCGCUCCCCACGGCUGGGGACUUCCUGCCGACCGGGCUCUUUGCCGUGCGCAAGCCCCUGCCCAAGUCCGGCGCCGACGCCGACGCCGACGCCGACGCCGAGGACGUCCGGCCAACGCGCGACCCUCGCAGCACCUGGUCCCUUCGCCAGCUGCUUGAUUGGCUGCGUGCUCUUCUAAACAGCAUGGUCCCAGGGUUCCUGCGUCUUGAUGCGGCCUCCGGCCCCGGCUCUCCCGGCGGUGCUGGUCCCUUCGUGCCAGUGCCGACUCCAGCCCGGCCGACGAUCCCCUCGACCGUUGUCGCGCCCGUGGGUGACCUUGACGUCGGCCUGGCCGAGCAGCUGACCAAUGAGCUGUUGGCCCUGAAGUCGGAGCUUGCGCGUGUGUCGCGCGAGUGCACCGCAGCCCGGGCCCAUGCCUCCGAAGCACUCAUUGUUUCAAAGAAUGUGGCCGCCGCCGAGCAGCCGGUCGUCCCUGCGGCGCCAGUCAUCGCCGAGGUGGAUCCGGUGCAGCUGCAGGACUUUGUUCGCAGUGCCGAUCUCGACAGCAUCAUCUCGGCGUCCGGAUCUCGGCUGCUGGCCGACCUGCUUGCUGACAAGUAUCUGCCGGACUUGCGUGCCGAGGUGGCUUCGCAGAUCGAGGAGCUCGCCCAGCGCUUCGAUACCAUUGCCCAAAAGGAGGCCAGCAUCUUGGCCCAGCUGGAGGGCGUCCGCGACUCGGCCGACCGGGUGGCCAUCCUCGAGGCCCUCUAUGCUGGGGUGGAGGAGUCGCCCGCCCUGUCGCCCCUGUAUGCUGGCCUGUCUAAGCUUGGCACCUCGGUGGAUGACCUGGCCGGGCAGUUGUCUGAUGAGGUGGACUUCAUUCGCAAGGCCGUGCCGCGGGUUGAGCGGUCAGCCGCCGAUGCGGAGGAGCAUGCGCGCAUGGCACGCGCUAGCCGAACCGACAUCCCGGCCCUCGUAGGCCAGGCUCUCCUGGAUGCUGAUCUCCAGGGUCUGGUUGAUCGCGCUAUUGCGGCCAGCAAGCAGCAGCAGCAGCAGCAGCAGCAGCAGCAGCAGCCAGAGCCAGCUGCCGGCGGUGUGGACCCCAAGGAGGUGGUCCUGCUCGGCAAGGCCCUGCGGUCGAUGAACGAGUCGCUGGAGAGCCACUCCGAGCGUCUGACUGAUCUGUCCCUGCGCAUCGACCUGAUGGAGCAGAAUGAUCGCCAAUUGGAGGGCAAGACCAUCAAGAUGGAGAAUGACCUCCGCCAGGAGCUGGCCCAGCAGGCGGACAGCCUCUUCGACCAGGGACAGCAGCUGGCCGUGCUGGAGUCGGCUCAUCGCGAGUCAAGUGUCAUCAUCCGGCAGAUUGCCGAACGGCCGGCGGCGGCCAGCCCGGCGCAGACGCCACCCACCCUGACCGAUGGUCAUCUUUCCCCCCUGAAGGAUUACAUUGGUCAGGUGGACCACGCUCUUCAAUCGGCCGGUGCCUCGAUCUACUACCCGAUGACCACGGCGCCGCGAAUGCUGGCCCGCCCGACGGAUGCCAGUGCCGACCGUCAGUCGCUCAUCGGUCGUCUGUUUAGCAACCGCAAGAAGACCCGGCCCACCUUCCUCCCUAGCCCGGAGACUGUCCUCCGUAGCUACUAUGAGCGCGGAUGGUGCUACGAGUUCGGCGCACAGGAGGGCGCCAUCGGCAUUCGCCUGCCGUACCCAAUCAUCGUGUCUGGCUUCACCAUUGAUCACAUUGAUCCGGCCAUCGCUCCGAGCUCCGGCUCUGCUCCCAAGCGUGUCUCCCUUAAUGCUUACGACCCCCUGACCGAGUCCAGCGUUCAGGUCGCGCGAGGCAUCUUCAAGGUUGGCGAGGGCCACUCCUCGAUCCAGACCUUCGACGUUCUGCCCAUGUUCCAGACGUCCACCAUCGCGCACCAGAUCUUUGUCCUGCGUGUCUUCGACAACCACUCGACUCCGGAGAAGCCCGAGUCGACCUGCCUCUACCGCGUGCGCAUUCACGGCCAGCGUGUCUGAGGGCCCCGCACUCCGGCUCCCUCGUAUCUUUCACAUUCCUGUGCCCUCCUUUUCCGGAAAAGGGGGCUCAAACAUUGAAAAAAAAAAAAAAGCAACUCCCAACAACGACAAUAGCAGACUGUCCUCCUCCUUGACCUCUUCCUGCUCCCCUCCGAAUGGGAUUUGCCCUGGCAGGUUUAUCUUCUUGCUUCGUGUUACUGCCACACACAUGGUCACAAAACACGGAGGAGGCAAGUGGUCGGCCACCAAAAUCAACAAUAAACAAAGCUGCAUCCCA